AUGGGCCCCGCGCCUGAUGAUGGAGGCUCAGCGAUCGAGGAUCCCCGACCCGACGACGAACGCAACGACGACAACAACAACUCCAUCACCACCGCCUCUUCCGACCCCCCCGUCCUGGCUGGCGCCGACAUUCGUACGAGAGCCCGGACCAUGACGAGCACCGAAGAAAUCGACAACACCAUCAUCCGGCCGGGCUCCGUCCGAAUCAACGUGAAGGGUGCCUUCAUCGUCGACCCCGAUUCGAGUUCUCCGAGCAACAAUGGCCGAGGUUCGCCGACCCAUCACGAGACGAGCGAUAUCCGCCUGCCCAACCACCAUGCCGUCGUGAGCCAUAUUGCUGUUGACAUUGGCGGCUCCCUGAUUAAGCUUGUCUACUUUACGCGUGAACCCCACUCGGCCGAGCCGGGCGGCCGUCUCAACUUCCUCAACUUCGAGACCGAUCGCAUCGACGACUGCAUCGAGUUUAUGCGCCACCUCAAGGACAAGCAGCAGACCCUCAAUGGCUCUCAACCGAACGCGUUGAGUGUCAUGGCGACCGGAGGCGGCGCCUUCAAGUUCUACGACAAGAUGCGGGACGUCCUGGGCGUGGAUGUUCUUCGCGAGGAAGAGAUGGAGUGCCUCAUCAUUGGUCUCGACUUCUUCAUUACAGAAAUACCUCGCGAGGUCUUUACCUACAGCGAGACUGACCCAAUGCACUUCGUCUCGCCCUCGGAGAACAUUUAUCCCUACCUUCUUGUCAACAUUGGCUCCGGGGUCUCACUCCUCAAGGUCUCGGGUCCCCGCGAAUACCAACGUGUGGGCGGAACCUCGCUCGGAGGUGGCACCCUGUGGGGCCUCCUUUCCCUCCUCACUGGCGCUCGGACCUUUGACGAGAUGCUCGACUUGUCCGAACGGGGGGACAAUGCCAAGGUGGAUAUGCUCGUCGGCGACAUCUACGGCGGCGACUACGGAAAGAUUGGCCUCAAGAGCACGACAAUCGCGUCUUCUUUUGGCAAGGUCUUCCGCAUGAAGCGCACAGCUGAGAACGAGGCAGAGGAUCACGGUGGGCUGCACAACGGCGACAUCAAGAACACGGGUCCUUCUCCAGACCCUGCCGAGUCGUCUGAAGCCGGCCACCACGACGCUGCCGAGCAAGACUCGGACCAGCCGUUCUCUGGUGCCGAUAUAUCCCGGUCUCUACUGUACGCCAUCUCAAACAAUAUCGGUCAGAUUGCCUUCCUCCAGUCGCAAAUCCACAAUCUAGACCACAUCUACUUUGGCGGCUCAUUCAUCCGCGGGCACCGGCAAACAAUCAACACCCUCAGCUAUGCUAUCAAGUUCUGGUCGCAAGGCAAGAAGCAGGCUUACUUCUUACGCCACGAGGGCUAUCUCGGCUCUGUGGGCGCCUUCCUCAAGCGCCAGCCUCGCAACUGGGGCCGCCGCGGUUCCUUCGAGCAGGCCGAACCUCUUGAGCGCCGGCUGCGGGAUCGCAGGAUACAUGACGCUGAGAUGCAGAGUCUCGUUGAUGACUACGCCUCAGAAUCUGGACGCGAAUGA